UGUGAUGCUAAUGUGCCACUGAGACGUCCCGGGCCCUGCCCUUCAGAGUUCCUUAGUAAAGCGCGGGUGCUCCUGGGCCCUCGGUGCGCGUGCCCAUCCAUGCGUGACUGCACGCACCCGCGACGCGGAGAUGCUGCAGCGGCUGCGCUGGUCCCUGCGCCGAGUGCCUGCUGGUGGCUCUCCCAUCAUACCUCUAUCGCCCGCCACGCUGAACUGUAGCCCCGGGCUCUCGGGACCCGCGGUGCGCCACGUGUCGCCGCUGUGCCACGUAUUCCCACGCUCCCACAGCUUCGUCAUGGCCUGCUUGCCCCGAGCAACUGCAACCCUGGCCCGCCAGGACUGCAGUAAUGGAUGCUCUGCACCGUUUCCUGGAGAAAGAGGAUUGGAAGAAGAGGCCGAGACUUUUAGGGCCAAAGAUCUCAUCAUCACACCAGCCACUGUCUUAAAAGAGAAGCCCGACCCGGACUCGUUGGUGUUUGGAGCUACGUUUACUGACCACAUGCUGACGGUGGAGUGGUCCUCCGCAUCUGGAUGGGAGAAACCUCACAUUAAGCCUUUUGAAAACUUGCCCAUACAUCCCGCUGCCUCCGUUUUGCACUAUGGUGUGGAAUUGUUUGAAGGCUUGAAGGCUUUUCGGGGAGUGGAUAACAAGAUCCGAUUGUUCCGGCCGGACCUCAACAUGAAAAGGAUGAACCGAUCUGCUGAGAGGACCACGCUGCCGGUGUUUGACACGGAGGAGCUUCUAGAGUGCAUUCUACGGCUUGUACAGAUAGACCAGGAAUGGGUCCCCUACUCCACCUCUGCCAGUCUCUACAUCCGCCCCACGUUUAUCGGAACUGAGCCAUCUCUUGGAGUCAAGAAGCCUUCCAAAGCCCUGCUCUUUGUCAUCUUGAGCCCCGUGGGACCUUAUUUUUCUAGUGGAUCCUUUAAUCCGGUGUCCCUGUGGGCCAAUCCAAAGUUUGUGAGAGCUUGGAAAGGUGGGACUGGAGACUGCAAGAUGGGCGGCAAUUAUGGAGCCUCCCUUCUGGCACAGUGCGAGGCCAUGGAGAACGGCUGUCAGCAGGUCCUGUGGUUGUACGGCAAGGACAACCAGAUAACUGAAGUAGGCACAAUGAAUCUUUUCCUCUACUGGAUAAACGAAGACGGAGAAGAAGAGCUGGCAACGCCCCCACUAGAUGGCAUCAUUCUCCCAGGAGUGACCAGGCAGAGCAUCCUGGAGCUGACACAACAGUGGGGUGAGUUUAAGGUGUGCGAGAGACACCUCACCAUGGAUGACCUGGCCACUGCCCUUGAGGGGAACAGGGUGAAGGAGAUGUUUGGCUCGGGGACAGCCUGCGUCGUCUGCCCAGUUUCAGACAUUCUGUACAAGGGCCAGAUGUUGCACAUUCCAACAAUGGAGAAUGGCCCUAAGCUUGCGAGCCGCAUCCUGGGAAAGCUGACUGAUAUCCAGUAUGGAAGAGUCGAGAGCGACUGGACAAUCGAGUUACCUUGAUGGCAAAGCUCAGAGUAUUUGGAGAUGGGGUGCCCACAGAACACUGACUCCUGCCCUCGAGCUGGGACCACCUGUGACUAGUCUUGCACACUGUAGUUGCGUUUUUCAUGUGUUACCAAACAAGGUUUUUCCUUGAGCCACACAAAAUUGCCAGUGUUAAAUGUCACCUAUAAACAUGGUAGCAAUUGCUUACUGUACCUUUCCUAGGAAAGAUAUCGAUGAAUAACGUCUCCCCUCAGGCUGUACCAGAUCCUUAGUAGGAGAAUGGGUUCCCCAACCAAUGAGAUGUCUGUGUGCUGGAAGGGCUGCUAAGGAAACGUCAUAGGUGGCCUCCCGUGACUCAUGGGCACCCUCAGAGCAGAGUUCUUAGUUACAUUUGCUGGUGAGGUUAUUUUGUUUUUUGUUUUGUUUGUUUUUGUUUGUUUGUUUCUAAUUGGGGCAGAUUUGGGAUCCCCAGGUCGCCCUGUUGGCCUGGUAUUCCCUAAUGUCUGCUCAGGCUGGUCUCAGACUCAGAGCAGCCUUUCUGUCUCACUAGGCUUCUGGAUGCUGGGGAGAUUGACAGGUGCCCUACCUUGAUUUGUUUUUGUCUUUUAAUCAAAAGUGCGGUCACCUGGAUUUCUUUUCUCCAUGCUUCUGUAGGUCCCUGAGUCCGUGCUAAGGUGACUGUGUCCCUUCUUGGUAUCAUGGUCUGCACUAGUCUCACCGAAGGUGUCUGAGGCUGGUUGUCCAUAGUGCUCUUUUUACGUAACUAUAACUGGCUGCUCACUGCGCUGCUAUUGAGACUAGGGGUCCUGUGCCUUCUCGAUCUUUGCAUCCUCAAAGCCCAGCACAUAGUAGGUAUUUUCAGUACAUGUUUACUAUGAGAAUGAACAUAGAAGUGUACUUUCUGUCUCUCUGUGCUGACAGCCUUUCAGAAGCCAUGCCUGAUUUGGGCAGUGUGUAGCGGUAUUUACCUCAGGCUGUCUUUCUUGUCCAUGGAAUCCUCCAGAAGAACUGUCUUGUGUUUUAAAAUUAUCUUGGAAUUGAAGCGAUUGCCCUGGAAAGAUGGAAUACCAACCACAUGGAAAUGACAGAUGCUAUACAUUGAGUGUUAAAUGUCAAAUAAAGGGACGGGGUGGGAGAUAAACUCUG